AGGUUAUAAGAGCGAGAAAUUGCUCCGGCUGUCGCGCGCGACGCAGGCUGUCGUAACCAUGUAGUAGCCCGAACUCGGCAUUCAUGAUGCGUUGCCAGGUCAUUUCCAUGUAACUUCGCCACGGGCAACGGGCGGUAUGCGAGGCCAUCUCCGACGACACACCUACUUCAUUCAGGCGACUCAGGUUGCAUAAAUGGGCUGCUCUUCCUGAGGGCCGGCAACAGUUAUAAAGUGCCUGUUUGUUUGAUUAUACUGGGAUACCUUUCCCGGCUUUUCAUCCACACGCAUAAUACAUCAUCCACCCACUUCUUUCCACUAAAGUUUUAAUUUUAAUUACCGUCUUAAUUUGCCAUUCGGUUUGGCUUUUCACUAAUUCAUCAUUCCUCUUUACUCACCCAGACUGGUCGUGUGAGUUUUGAAAAAAAGAUCGUGCGUCUCUCAACAAUUGCUUUGACGCUAAGAACAUUCCACGUGUUCGUUACGCACUUGUACAUCUACAAGAGUGAUCAUUUUCUCUCCCCUUAAUUAUAAUAUCUGUAAUGGCUUCUGUUUCUCCUACUCAGAGUCCAGUGGACGAGCGUACUUCGCUGCUCCCAAGAUACUUGGGCAUCCGUGCAGAUGGAACAACCCGUGAUGACGACAAGUCUCCCUUGUUCCGCUGGAUUCGCAGUGUCUCGUUCACGUUGUUGGCCAUCACACUAAUCGUGUACAUUCUACUUGUUGUUAAUUUAUUCGUCUCUAUUCCGGUGCUGACCCCACGCUCCCCUGGUUUCCUGCCCCUCGGCUUCAACUUGCUCUCCAUGGGCAUUCUUUUGUUGCAGCUCCUUUCUUCGUAUGAACCCUCUGUUGCUGAGAGGUUUACGCAGAGGGUCGUUGCAGUGUUACUGGCCGUCGACGUGGUUGUCAUGAUGGUCUCAGGCACCUACCGUCACACCGAGGGAUGGCGCGGAAUCCUAUGGUGCAGCUGGGCUUUGAUCGUUGCUCUGUGGGCCAUUGCUGCUGAUUUCUUGCUCAUGAAGAACAGCGGUUACUACGAUGAGGCACUUUCGAGCGAGCGCCCUAGAUGGUGGUCCUGGCGCUUGUGGUCUCACUGGACUGCUGCAUCCCUGGGUUCUGCCAUUGUUUCUGUCGUGACCAUCCUCCUUUCGCUGAGCUUGUUGCUGCGCUGGUACGACUCGGCGGUUCCUGUCCCAGGGCACUUGUACAGCGUUGCUGACUACUCGGCGCGUAUUCACAUGCAGUGUUUCGGCAAUCAGUCCAGCAACUACCCCACAAUUCUUCUUGAGGGCGGCGAGUACUCUGUCCACCCCCUUAAGGCCUGGUUAAUGCAAUUGCAAGGCCCUCAAAACAAAGACGGUUCCCGGAACCCUUCGGCAGUCCCUCUCGAUGACAGAUACAACCUGGGCGACUUGUCUUACGUUCCUGAGGAUACUCGUGUCUGCGUUUGGGACCGCCCCGGAAUGGGUUGGUCCGACAACGUUGGAACUCCUGUGUCUGCCGGCAUGGUGACCGACAUUCUCAGUGAGGUUCUUGAGCAGGCUCACGUUCCCGGACCCUACGUCGUUGUCGCGCAUGGCGUCGGUGGUGUAUACUCGACUAUCUUUGCCGCGAGACACGUUAACGAUGUAAAGGGUCUCGUCUUAAUUGACAGUGGCUACGAAAACACACUGAAAGAUUCAGGCCGCAUGCUUCACCGGUUCUGGGUCGGUGUUCGUGGUGUGUUUUCACCUCUUGGCCUGGGCCGCAUGUGGUAUUGGCUGUUUACCGGAAAGAGUCGGUUGGACCGCAUUGCUGGUGAGGCUACUUAUAUUAAUGAUCGCUGGAUCAAGAACAAGAUGGAAGAGUCUUUGACGGGUCCUUUGUUCUCGCUUCACGAACUCCGAGCAGCCACCUCGGUACUUCCAAAGGACUUGCCCGUCGCUGUUAUCUCAUCCGGCAAAAACAUAAAGCGUCUUAAGCGCUGGGCUGCUGAUCAGCGCGGACUUAGCAAGCUUACCCAACAUACGAUGUGGGACAUUGCUUCCAAUGCGGGACACAAUGUUUGGUUGGACGCUGAGGGCGCAUCGCUCAUCUUAAAACGCAUUGCUGAGCUUGCCUCCUAGACAGCUCCACUCGUUCAUCCGUGUUUCGUUUUUGGUUUUAGAAAGUCCCGUGUGCUUCAGUUUUACUCUAAAUUACGUUAAUGAAUAAUGUUUAUGAUUGUAAUGUUUUAAAAUUAAUGAACCGAAAAAACUAAAGUGAAAAAGAACUAAGUUGGAGGGAAUAAUACGUUGUCGCAGG